AUGGCGUUCAUCGUUCUGUAUCCGGCCGUGGCCAUGUUGGCCCUUUUUAUCGUGCUGGUCAUCAUUCUGAUUCUGAGGUGUGGUGGCCGACUUGGGUUACGCCAUCACGCCCUACCCGAUAGUAACGAUCUUCGGGAUCACACCUACGACCAGAAGGUUAGUUAUGCCUGAAAAAUAGUCCGACCGAUUGCCCUCAGAUGACGGCAAUAGUACGUUGAAAAUGCCAAAUUUUUAUAUAUCCUCUGAUUAAGAUUAUAUUAAAUGUAGUAGUUUUUAACAGCCCAGAUUUAUACUAUCUCAACGGUGGAGUCGAUGCAUCGUUCAGUCUAACUAAGCCCUUUUGUGGCGGAAAAAAACCCCAAAACCCCUCCAAGUCCCGGAAACGAACUGGACAGUUAGGAACGGACAAGUUCCGAAAAAAAACAAUCAUCACAAACAGACGCAAUCAGUCAGUCGGGCCAAGCGCAACUUCUUUCUUCAAUUUCCUUUUGGGCGAGUUUUUUCCCGCAUCUGCUUUUCUGGAAGAAUUUUCCCUCUUUUUUUGGAACUCUAUCCAGCAGCAUCAGCCGCAGGAUGAUUGGGAAAGAAUAACGGAUUCCCUUUUUACAACUUUUUCAUCUCCGGCACGGGAACCCUUCGAUUCCGGAACUCGUCGGAAGUUGUAAACGCGUUUUUUUUUAUCGAAUAACUUCUUGUUAAAGGAUGUUUUGUAGAAUGGUUAGUUUUUCAAAACCGAUCUGAGAAGUUUCCUUCCAAAAAAUAUCACAUUUUGAAUAGAAACUAGCAGGAAAAUCACUUGUUUUUUUUUCAAAUUUUCACUCGUGUGUAUAAUCCUACACUGAAUUCCUUACAAAAAACAUUCUUGGUUUCAUCGGAAGCAAAAAAGAUCCAAUCAGUUUAGUUCAUUUCCGGUCCAGCAUGCAUGUAGGCAUCGUGGCAAUCGGGCAAAAUCUUUCCCAAGAUAUCGUUAACUCCCACUUCCAGGAACGCUUGACGCAGUCCGAUUUUGUACUGCCGGCCGGGGGUUUCCGUUCAAGAUGAUUACAGAACAAACAUAAAAAGAGAAGAACCCUUCCGACGACCGACCCCCGAGAUAGUAUAAAUCUGUAUGUAUCUGCACGAAAAGAUCUUAAAUGAAAAUCGAUUCCAUCCAGUUUUUUUCCCUCUAUUUUAUCCCCGUACAAUCUUACGCUACUUACUACAAACAUUCCCAAGAAUUUAGUUUACUCAAGAAGUUCAUUUCUCCUCUAACCAGAUGAUGCUUGUUUUGUUACUGAGAUAGGUAAUCUUGUUUUUUAUCUCGCCUUCUGGUUUUGUAAGUAACAUUCUUUCCAGUGUUUGGAAAACUGGAGGAAGGGAAACGCCAUAGAGGUUAAUGAGCAUAAAAUUAUUCCAUAGAAGAUUUGUUAAGACAAAAAAAUUUAACAUAUAAAAUUGAACAAAGCCUAAAAAGUGCCUUGUAGAACAACAAAGAUUGUAAACAUCCGUCCAUUCCGACCACUGAAGUAUAAUAUUUUUUAACUGAAGAUUAGAGAUUUAACGCACAAUUUUAUGCAUAUCGAUAUUGAGUAGCAACGUAUAAAAAAGUAAUAGACAUAAUUGUCACGUAACUUGUGAGAUGUUUUCUCGAAAUCGAAAGUCCAAGAAUCUUGUAUGUAAUGUCCACUCGAAUAUGCAUUUUUACAGUUUCAAUUAAAAGUAAUACCUACGUAGAA